AUGGUGAGAGAUGGGAUUGUUCUCGGUCACAAAGUCUCAGAAAAAGGGAUCAAAGUUGACAAAGCAAAGAUAGAAGUGAUGAUGAGCUUCCAACCUCCAAACUCAGUCAAAGGAACCAAGAGUUUCCUCGGACACGCUGGCUUUUACAGAAGUUUCAUCAAGGAAUUCUCCAAAAUCGCAAGACCACUCACUCGCCUGCUCUGCAAGGAGACAAGAUUUGAGUUCGAUAACGAUUGUUUGUCAGCCUUCCACACGAUCAAAGGAGCUCUAGUCAGCGCGCCCAUCGUGCAACCACCAGACUGGGAGCUCCCCUCCGAGAUCAUGACAGACGCACGCGAUUUUUUGGUUAGAGCUGUGCUAGGCCAACGAAAGGAUAAGAAGCUUCACGUGAUCUAUUAUGCGAGCAGGACACUAGACGAAGCUCAAUGUCGCUAUGCAACUACAGAAAAGGAACUUCUAGCAAUCGUUUACGCCUUUGAAAAGUUCAGAUCCUACCUAGUUGGCUCCAAGGUGAUAGUGCACACGGAUCAUGCAGCAUUGAGAAAUCAAGGAAAAAAGGGGAUUGAGAAUGGUGUUGCAGAUCACCUCUCCAGAAUGAAGAUAGAUGAAGACACAGCACUUGAUGACAGCCUUCCAGUCGAGCACGUCUACUCGAUCAGUCUGGGAAGCGUCGCAGAACAACCGCUCCAUCCAGUUUCCUCCAGCAUUCUGGAAUACCUUGUAUGUGCAAUCAAAAAGCAAUAUCCCAGUCUUCCAUGGUUUGCUGAGAUUGCCAACUAUUUGGCUGCUAAGAAAGAACCUGUCAAAUUCACUGGCAAUGAUAAACAGAAAUUUCUAAGAGGAUCAAGACACUACUAUUGGGACGAACCCUACCUGUACCGAAGUUGCAAGGAUGGAAUAUUCCGACGAUGUGUAUCUGAGUCUGAAAUUCCAGGAAUCCUCUAUCACUGUCAUGGUUCCUCUUAUGCAGGGCACUUUGCAACAUUUAAAGCCGUGUCUAAGAUCCUUCAAGCUGGUUUUAGGUGGCCAACAAUGUUCCAAGACGCCCAUUCCUACAUCUCUAGAUGCGACUCAUGCCAGCGACAAGGGAAUAUCAGUAAACGGAAUGAGAUGCCUCAGAACUUCAUCUUGGAAGUUGAAGUAUUCGAUUGUUGGGGAAUCGACUUCAUGGGACCGUUCCCACCAUCUUUCAAGAACGAAUACAUAUUGGUAGCAGUUGACUACGUUUCUAAGUGGAGCAAUAGCCAGUCCCACAAACGACUCAAAGGUCUAUUAAAGAAGAACGGCGUGCAACACAAGGUAGCCACGCCAUAUCACCCUCAAACUAGUGGACAAGUGGAAGUUUCAAACAGAGAAAUCAAGAGCAUCCUGCAGAAAACAGUUAACACAAGUCGCAAGGACUGGUCGCUCAAGCUAGACAAUGCUCUUUGGGCUUACAGAACAGCCUACAAAACACCUAUCGGGACCACUCCCUACAAUCUGGUGUACGGUAAAGCUUGUCACCUGCCGGUUGAGUUGGAGUAUAAGGCAGCUUGGGCUGUGAAGCUACUCAACUUCGACAUUAAACCAGCAGCAGAGAGACGAUCCAUGCAGAUUCACUAG